AUGUCCGACAACCGUGCUGCUCCUCGUGAGCUUCUACCUCUUCCUAUACCGCCUUCAUGGUCUUCGCCGUCCUGGCCUAGGCACCGCUGCAGGAGGCUGCAGCAGCGCUUCGACCGCAGGAAGGCAGUUCUGAGUCGCGCCGUCGACUCCGUCAAGGCGCUUAAUUGGUUGCAUGGUGGGCGCCAGCCUCCAAGUUUUUCGAGUCCGACCCUGUCGCAGGCUACGGCUCUUCAGCACCUUCUGGACGUGCAUCGGACUGACGUCCCGGAGAUCGUUAAUGCCGAGGCAGCCCGCGUGGAGUUGCUCGGCGCAGGUCAGGAUUACGCUGGUGGUCCUGAACUUCCCAUCGCGAGUUACGACAAGGAUCUGCUCUCCAUGCCCCAGCUUGGGGCGGAGCCCGUCGACCUGUCCACGGUGCUGGAGGGCAGGGCCAGAGAAUGUCUCGUCAACUUCGAAGAGGAGAUCUUGCACGGUCCCGACGAUUGGGGCCAUAUUACUGAGUGUGAGGAACAUGUUAGACCGUAUAUGGAUCCAGUGCUUAAGUCCGACGCUGACGCUUACUUCGGCUUCGUGAUGAGGGGUCACAGGUCGGGUUUGUUUCGCUUCGGCCGCACGCCCCGUGUCAUCGUCACCCCUUUCUUUGUGAAGAAGAAGGCUGGCACUUUGAGAUUGAUACUUGACUGCCGUCCGAGUAAUCGCAGAAUGCGAGAGAGCCCCUACGUUCGGCUGGGAGGGCCGGCUGAUGUUGCUCGGCUAUGGCACUCGCGCAGCGACGGGGACCCGUACGUGGCCCUCGGCGACGUAAAGGAUUAUUUUCAUUGCUGCGGGCUUCCACCAGGCCUUAGUCCAUAUUUUUCCCUGCCGCCCGUGUCAGGUCUGCGACUUCUUCAGGCUGGUAUUCACAAUGUCGAAGGUAUCCCUGUUCUCCCCGGUGACAGCAUCUUUCCACAGUCCAGGGUCGUUCCCAUGGGGUGGUCUUGGGCCUGUUACUUUGCGCAGUCUGCUACAACGUCCCUGGUGCAUCGUUUCUCGGGCUCCGAGGGUGACAGCUUCCUGGAAUCAUGUAAGCCUCCUCCUGGUCUCGAUCGGCCCGCUUACAAAGUCUACAUAGACGACAUUAGCAUCUUCGGCCAAGGUAAGUCGCAGACCGAUAGGAUCGCCAAACAGGUUUUCGACGGGGUCGAGAGUGUGGGCUUUAGAGUCCACGAGCGCACGUCUGCCAGCAAGUGGGCUCUCACGCUCGGCCUUGAGAUCGACUUCCUGCAUAGCACGGUCCAAGGAAAAAGGCAAAAGAGGUGGAAGUUGAAGGCAGUUCUGGAUUGGUUAUCAGGUGCUCCGUAUGUGUCGGGUAAGGAGAUUGAGAGACUCCUGGGCCAUACCACCUUCCACUUCGGUCCUAAUCGGCUCUUCCUGUCCAUCUUUAACAGUGCCUAUGACUUUAUUCGUUCGAGUUACACCUCUCGAGUGCGUCUAUGGCCCUCGGUGGCUAGGGAGUGCUGGGCCGCUGGGUGUCUUAUCUCGUUCGCGUUCGCCGAUCUGGGAAGGGGCUUCGACCCGCUCGUGAGCUGUUUCGACGCUAGUACGUGUGGGGCAGGGGUUGUCACGGCGCCUUGGGACUCGGCUCAGGUUCGGUCCGAAUGCGAAUGGGAGGAGAGAUGGCGUUUCAAGUGGGAUGUGUACGAUCGAGUUGCGCCCAGGGACAACAACUUCUCAUCGCUGGACUGGGGGGACAUUGAAAGCGUCAAGCCUUGUCGUGACAGGUCGUUGCUCUGGUCGCUUGACAAGUCGUUCAGAGAGGUCCCGAAAGAGAACCUUGUGGGCCCCACGUGGACCAAGGUCGUUCGGAGUUUUUGGAAGGACGAGGAGCCGAUAUUCUGUCUGGAGGCUCGCGCGGGUCUGCUGGCGGUGCGUCACAAGUUACGGGCGGUCUCCAGUUUCGGUAAGACUCAUCUACACCUUGGGGACUCCAUGACCGCCAUCCUGGCUUUCGAGAAGGGUCGGGCUAAACAUCGAGGUCUUCUGGGUGCUUGCCGUCGCCUUUUGGCUCUGAGCGUGGCCUCCAACACCAGGCACCAUUUCAGGUGGGUGCCGUCGGAGCUGAACCCGAGUGAUCCUGAUUCACGUUACUUCGAGCUUCCAGUUGACAGUGAUGGCCGACGGUUGCUUCGUCGCUCCACGUCUCGGGCCUGGACGGCACAGGCUGAUGGCAAGGGGAGCUGGCGGGCCGUCGAUCCAGGCGACAGUGCCUUCGCCGACGGCGGGCGUGGUCAAUCUGAGCCGCCUGGUGCCUUCGGCGGGCCCGACUGCCCUGACUGGGCCGCGCCCUCGGCGCCGCCCAAGGCGGACCCGCUGGACACGGUGCUGGCCGAGAAGACACGUCGGUCGGCUCGACGCCUGGUGCUCAAGCGUCAGAGGGCGUUGAAGCGGGUUCGUGCCAUAGGGGGCGUGGUUCCAGCCCUGAGGGCUCUGAAGGGCGAGCGCACAGUGCUGGAGAGCUCUCACCCGUCGACUCCCGUCAGGAGGGACUACUGUCGGCGGCUCGACAAGUUCUGGGAGUUCGGGCGAAGCCAAGGUCUCUCCUUGGCCAACCUGAAAGUUUGCGACGACGCGCUGUGCGACUUUGCCGACCUGCAGUUCCUGGACGGCGAACAGGUCGACGCGGGGGCCAAGCUCCUGGCCGCCUUGGAGGACCACGACGUGCAGCGGUUCGGCAAGCCCAGCCUUCCUCGGUUUCGACGAGUUCUUCGAGCUUGGCAUCGGAAGGGGCCUGUGGGCAGCAGGGACCCUCUACCGUUCCGCCUCUUGGCGGGCAUCUUGGGUGUCCUGUCGCUCCACGGCUUCCACGAGGAGGUGCUGGCUCUGGCCCUCAUGUUCAGCUGCUACCUGCGCCCGUCCGAGCUCCUGACGGUGGUCGAAGGCGACCUCCUGGAGCCGGUGGCCAACGCGGGCGUCGCCCUCGCGUGCUGGAGUCUGCUCCUGCGGCCGUUCGAGAGGGAGGAGCCGACCAAGGUCGGCCAGUUCGACGACACGCUCCCGCUCGACAGCCCCGACUUCCCCGGCUUAGGGGCCCUCCUUGCUGGCUUGCGCGGAGGGGAUGCGGAGGUCUGGCUCUUCAGUUUCAGCCAGACGCAGCUGCUGCGCCGCUUUCAGGCGGCUUGUCGCGCGGCGGGCCCGGGCUCGCUGAACCUCGAAAUGCACCAGCUGCGCCACGGAGGAGCGUCGAGGGAUUUCCUGCUGAAGACGAGGGAGAUUCAGGCGGUCAAGCAGCGAGGACGCUGGGCGAACGAUCGCACCUUGCUCCGCUACAUGAAGGCGGGCAGGGUGCAGAGGCUUCACAAGGCUCUGACGCCCGAGGCCAGCCGCUGGUGCCAGGAGGCGGAGGCCAACCUCUCGCUCGUCCUUCGCGGCGCGAGCCUGCCGCGGUCUCUCGGCGGCGGGUUUGUGAUCGAGGUCUUCUCGGGCAGCGGGCGGUUGGCCAAAUCCUUCGCGGAGCUUGGCGUCCCAGCGCUGACCUGGGACAUCGAGCACGGCCCCGCUGGCGACCUGCUGGACAACGACGUGCUGCGCUGUGUGCUGUCGCACAUUGCCUCGGGUAGGGCGACCGCCAUCGACCAUCCCGCGGGCUCCGCGGGCUGGAUGUGGCAUCGCCUGCUGGGCCUGGGCACCAACCUCGCAGUGACCCAGGGAGAGUGCGCGCUGCCCUUCAUCGACGGUUGGCUCGACCACGGCGUGCUGCGGCAUGGUUCCAACGACAUGAAGAAGGGCCUCAGCGUGCAGGGCCUCAUGGACCACGAGCAGUUUCUCACGAAGCUCCUGUCCCUGGACCCGAGGGGGGCUUCUUUGCAUGGGGCGACCUGGUGGAAGCGUUCACGGACGGGGGCGUUCUAA